AUACACAUACAUAAAAGAAUUAGAGCACAUAUGACUUAGGUUGUAGAAGAUACGAGAGAAUUUAGUGAUUCUCUAUUGUACUCUGUACUACAAACAGCAAAAGUAUCCCGAGUUCUUCUGGUAUAUAAUGUUCGUGAAUUUGAAAAGGCCACAAUGAAUGUAUAUAAAUUACUCUCUCUUGGCACUUUGUAUGGAGCAAUAGUAUUCUUUGACCUCAUUUGGGGGUUGAUCAAGAACGACUACUAUGAAUUACUUGGAGUCAAACGUAACGCAUCUGAUCGAGAAAUUAAAAGAGCCUUUCGAAAGUUGGCUGUGAAAUACCAUCCUGAUAAGAAUAAGGAGAAAAGUGCCGAGGAAAGGUUUACUGAAAUAGCCCAAGCAUAUGAAGUUCUUUCUGACCCUGAUAAAAGGAAAAAAUAUGACAAGUUUGGACCAGCUGCUUUUGAAAAUGGGGGAACUAACCCUGGGUCCCAACCAUUUGACUUUACUGGUUUUUUCAAUCAUUUUGAUGAUGCUUUUAGUUUUCACAGUGGACAUCAAAAUGGACAUGAAAACCAUAACCAUGAAAGAAAUGGAUAUAGGUUUGAAUUUGGUAAUAAUAGAUUCUUCAACUUUGAUGAUAUGUUUGCUGGCAUGCAUGCAGAAGAAGUACCUUUUCCUGGACAUUUUGGAAUGUUUGAUGAAGUAGAUCAGUUUGGUAGUGGAAGUUCUUUUUUUGGAAGUCAUCAAAAACCAAAUAUUAUUUUCCAGACGCAAGCAAAUUUUGAAAAUGCUGGUAGAGAAAGGUGUCGGACCGUCACUCGGAGAAUUGGGAACAUGAUCACCACCUACACACAAUGCUCUUGAGAGUGAUGAUAAAUAAGUCUAGUUAAAACAGAAUGUAAAAAUGUAAUUAUCUCAGUCGUCCUCAUACUGGAUUGAAAGAUAUCUUGGUGUCAGUACAGCAGAGAUGACAAAGUGAGAAAUUGGCCAUUUCUAUGACUGUUGUGUAUGUAUGAAAAAUAAUACACAGUCAUACACAUCUGUUUUUUUCGAGAUUUAUAUUUGCUAGGAUUGUUGAUUUUAAGAUGUUUAAUUCACACUUGCUAACAAUUAUGUUUUCUGGUUAGUUUUUAAAUGGAACCAGGUGUUUCUUAAAUAAUAAAUGUAGUGUAUUUAUGAAAGUAAAACUUCUCAUAAAAUUGAAAAAAUGAUACUUAUUGCCACUUCAGUGAAAAAUUUUGGCAGCUUGCAAGUCUUGGCCCCAAAACUGACUACUGCACAAUGUCUCUCAACAACGAUGUAUUUUCUCUUGUAUAUAAAAAUAGGAUGAGAUAUAGAUAUCUAUUUCUUGAAAUCUGAGAUUCUUAUUUUACACAAGUAAGAUCUUCCUUUUUGGGUACAAAACCUGUAUAAUAUUGUAUACUUGUAAUAAUUAUUUUGUACAUUGCAGUCACUAGUAUCAGUGGCACAUAUAAUAUAACCAGAUCCAUUUUAUCCAAUAGCUGAUAGGGUGAUUCCGAAAGUAUUAAACUGACUGCGUUUAAUAACUUUGUUUCUAUUGAUAUUGUGCUGCAUACUGAGGUUUAUAGCACUUAAGUUUUAUUGAGCUAUGAUAAAACUGGUAAUAUGUAAAAACAACUGGUGAACUUUGUAAGAUACAUUUGAUUAUUGUUCUUGAAUUGUUUUUUUGAUAAAUUUUUGAAACAGUAUUAGAGAAUUAGUAUUACUCGUACACCUAAACAUAAAUGUUUAUAAAUUCAUCUGUUAAUAGAAUAGUGUAAAAAGAUGAAAUUAGGAAAACUAUUACAAAAUUGUAAAUAACACUGGGUUAAAUGUACAAUGUGUAUAUAAAUGUAGCCUACAUGCAAUCAGAAUAAAACUUAUUAUUGCAAUACUAAGAGAUAACUGUGAAUGAAGAGAGAUUCUCUACGAGAUAUAUCUGUUACUCUAUAGCAAACUGUAAAUCUAUAUAGAAUGAACAUAACUAUGUGUUUAACCCCAAAAUGUAUAAAAUUAAUUAGUUGAAUGAUUUGAUUGUUUUAAAAUAAAGAUUACUUCAAAAAAGAACAAAUUUAUUAAAUGGGAAGUAUUACUUAAUUAAACAACAAUACAUGUUUAAUGUAUGAGAAUUGAUCUUUCAUGAGAAAGUUAAUUGCUUGAACCUAUAGCCUUUUAAGCUAAAUUACUACAAGUUUUCUUUUAGCAAAAUCACAAAUCGUGAAGUAAUGAAAAUAGUAAUAUUAUGAACACCUUGAUAAGUUAAAUUGUGUUGAAUUAUUAUUUUUAUUAAAACUGUGCUUUAAGGAGGAAAAAUAAUAUAUAAAGUUUCAUUUUAAAACAUGGAAUAUGAUGAGCACUAGAUCUGGGCAGUCGGUGCAAUUUGCCUAUUCAUUAAUCAUUGGGCUCAUUAAUUGAUUACAUUCAACUUACGAAUUAUUCUCACAUGAGAUGGCUAAAACCAAACUUGUGGCAAUAUAAAUCAAAUCAGAUUUUGACACUUAUGGUUUGCAGAGCACAGAUAGCCCAUCAUGCAGCUUUAUACUUAAUGAACAUAAUGCAAUACUUUGAUUACUGGAUGGUUUAAAUAAUUGGAAACACUAAUCUCAAUUUGUCUAUUUUUAUGAGUCAAGACACUGAUUAAGCUGAACAAACUAGGAUUAAUUGAAAAUAACAAAAAAUCAUGAUACAAUUAUUUGAUUGUUGGAAUAAUUAAAAGUGCUAAUUGUUUAUUUUCAUGACCUUAUUCAACUUUAUUAUAAUUUCAGUUAAUAGAUUAUCUCGCUUGACACUAUUUAAUGUAAUUGAUCACAGUUAAUUGAUUAUGUCAAGCAAGUGCCCAGCUCUAAUGAGCAUUAGUAGAAGAAUAUGUUUUUCUUAACAUAUGUUGACUCCAGUGGCCUAAGGCAAAAAUAAAUUAUUUAAGCUUUUCACCAUUUAGAAUUUGAAGAAAAAGUUAGUAAUUCAUUGUUUAACGCAUUUCACUUAUCAUACUGUAAACUUUCUCUUCUAAAAAAAAGUAAUAAAAAAUAUAUGAAUUUGUGAUAUUAUUUUUUAGACCAGAUACUUUAAAUACUUUCUAUUACAAUUUUACCUUGUAGGAACAUUAUUGUCAAUAAAUAUUUUUUAAAG